GGCUUGUGUUUGUUGCUUUCUUCUCUGCCUCUACAUCAUCUACCUCAUCGUUACCUUCAUUGACUUCUUCUUUAUCAACAAACCCCGUGUAUUUCGCGCCUAAAAUGGAAGAAGCACAUCAAGAUCUCCAUAAACCCAUCUAUGGAGAUCUGCGAAACCUCAAGAUCACUCAGUCACGAAAAGAAACAGAAGAAUCGACGAACCAACAGCGAGAUUUUACUUGUUACUACGGUCUAAGGGAAAACCCGAAGAAGAAAACCCAGGAGUCUCCGGAACCAAUGAAGAAGAUUUUGUUUCGAUGCGAAGAAUGUGGAAAAGGGUUUCGGUACGAGAAAUGUUUUUCAAAUCAUCGAGCGAUGAUGCAUUUAUCGACGAACCAGAAGGUUUAUGAAGAAUCCGUGAUGAGUCUGUGUCGUAGCCUCAGUUUUGUGAGGAAGAAGAAAAGAUCGAGACAUGUUAGGUAUAAGAAGACUUCAUUUUCUUGUUCGUUUACUACGUUUCAUGAACCGCGUUCUGUUUUUGCUGCGAAUGAUGAAGAAUUAGAAGUGGCGGAUUGUUUGAUUCUAUUGUCUGAGAGUACUCCCAAGUUUGUAGACGGACUGAAACUUCUUGCUGAGGCAGUACAUGUUACUACUCAUGAAACACCUAAAAGUAGCUAUGAUUUGGGUUGUUUGCGUAACAAGAAACCGCGAAAAGGUGGUGAAUUUGAAUAUGGGGUUUUCAGUAAUGAGCACAGAUUUAUGGAAGAAGGGUUUAGUAGUUAUGGAACAUCGAAAGAACCAGCUAGCUUCUUGAGAGAUAACAGAUUGGAUCAGCAGAAACGAAGAAAAGCUGGUGAAUUUGGAUCUGGGUUUUUGAGUAAUGAGCAAAGAAUGCUAAAAGAAGAGAUUACUACUCCUGUUACAUUCAAAGGUCCAGCAAGUUUCUUGGGAUACAAGUGUGUUUUGGAUCAGCAGAAGCUGCGAAAUGGAGGUGAAUUUGGUUCUGAGUUUUUGAGUAAUGAGCAAAAACUGAUGGAAGGGACAUGGAAAGAACCAGCGAGUUUCUUGGGAACAAAGAUUGAAUUGAAGCAACGGAAACUGCGAAAAGCUGGUGACUUUGAAACUGGGUAUUACAGAACUGAGCUUGGAGUAGGAGCUAUGGAGUGUUCUGAUUCAGAUACUGAGAUGAUCACAGAAUCUGAUAAGAAGAACGUUGAGCAUCAAUGCAGGUUGUGCAACAAGAUAUUAUCGUCUUAUCAAGCUCUAGGAGGUCAUCAGACGAUUCAUAGGAUGAGCAAAUGUAAGAACAAGAAGAAUUUCACAGAGGAAUUAGUAGAACCUGAGGAUGAAUCUAUGAGAUGCUCAGUGACGAAGAGAAGAAGAAACACAAGUGUAGCAUCCUUUCAGGGAAUUUCAGCUCGGUUCAUGCUUUAGGUGGUCACAUGAAGUCUCACGGCAAGAGACAACAACUUCAAACAGAGGAUAACAAGUUUUACUAAAACUCUGUUUCUCGAAUAGGAUUUUGGUAGUCAACUUGGAGACUUUUUAGCUCUGUUAUUUUAGAUGACAAAAACCAUUAGUUGGUGUAAUAAGAGAAUGAUAUUUUU